UGGAGCCGCCCAGGGCAGCCUGCCGCCUCGGUCCGCCUCUGAUCAACUUUGUUUUUAUUGAUCUCCGCUUUCAUGUCGUCAUAAGGAUCGAUGAGAAGCCAGGGACUCUGAUUGGACCUCCUGCAGCGAGCAGCCAUUGAACGGGUUAAUGCGCUCUGACGCAGGAUGGGUCAACAGGAGGCUGCGGGCCGCAGGUGGGCGUCCUGAGCAGCAGAGGAGCCCUGACGGCCGGAGCAGCAGCAGCUCUUCCUCCUGCAGCCCAGCCUCCGCUUCCCGGAUCCGCGCCGAGCCUCCGGGCAUGCCGCCCCGCCGCGCCGCUGAUCGGGACGCCGGGCAGCAGCCGCCGCGCGGUCCACCGAGCUGAGGAAGCCCGGGGAGAUGAGCGUGACCGGGAGCCGGAGACCCGCCAGCCUCCCGGUGCCAACUCCGAGCCGAUCUGGAGUGGCGUUGCUGUGCAGCGGCGAGAGCGGCGACAGCUUCGACGUCUGCCUGCGGCUGAGCAGAGACGCUCUGACCAUCCAGAAGCUGGACGUGGUCUGCACCGACGGCUCUGAGCCCAAAGCCAACCACAGAGCCGUAGUCCUGAGACGACAGGCGGCCGGCGGUUUAGGCCUCAGCAUCAAGGGCGGAGCGGAGCACAACGUGCCCGUCGUCAUUUCAAAGAUCUUCAAGGACCAAGUCGCCGAUCAGACGGGGAAACUGUUCGUCGGGGACGCCGUGCUGAAGGUUAACGGCAUUAACGUGGAGCAUUGCACGCACCAGGAAGUGGUUCACCUGCUGAGAACUGCGGGCGAUGAGGUCACCAUCACCGUCCGCUACCUGAGCGAAGUCCCGUCCUUCCUGAAGCUGCCACUCGGUUCUCCUGGGCUGGACCAGAACCGGGUCUCCUCUCCGCUCUUCAACAGCGGCUUCCAUCUGAACGGGAACCACACGGCUCCGCCCCCUUCGCUCUCAGCGAAUGAGCCAAAGUAUGAGAAGCGCUGGCUGGACGCCGUCUGCCUGCCGCUGCAGAUGGCCAGAGUCUCCAGACAACGAGCCGGGAGCGAUAAGCUGAGGUCCAACUGCUUCGAGCUGUUCUCCCCGGAUGCGUUCAGCUGCAGCGUCCUACAGUUCUGCUCGGCAGCAGAAAGUUCAGACUGGCUGCAGGCCAUCGCUGCGAACAUCGGCGAGCUGACGCAGGAGAGCAUUAAAAUGCUGAAUAAAUCGUCUUCUUCUGAUGAUCAGAUCGUCCACAUGGGCUGGGUGUGUGAGGCUCCAGAGAACAGCGCCCCCUGCAGGAGUUCGGCCUUCAGGUUCCUGGCGCUGAGAGGGCCAUAUUUUUAUAUCUUCAGACGGCCACCGGUCGGCGCCACCGACUGGGGAAAACCUGAAACUACAUACAACCUCUGUGAGGUUCUAUUUAAGGUUCAUAAGCUGUGGCUGGCUGAGGACUGCUGGCUGCAGGCGCGGCUCUUCCUGGGUCUGCACGGUUCCCCGGAGCAGCCGGGCGGCGACCCGCUCUGCUUCAGCAUCCUGGUGGGCCACGGCCAGAGCCACACCUUCAGGGUGGAGCUGGCCUCAGACCUGGCAACCUGGGACAAGUCCUUCCAGAGGGCCGUGUUCCUGGAGGUGCAGCGCGUCGGGUCUAAAAGCUACAUGUGCAGCAGCCAGGGGAGCGUUGUCAGCUUCACGCUGGAUUUUGGAUCCGGGUUUAGCUGCUCAGACGUGACUUCAAAGGCUGUUCUGUGGAGAUACAAGUUCUCUCAGCUGAAAGGCUCAUCUGACGACGGAAAAACCCGAGUCAAGCUGCUCUUUAAAAACGCUGACAGCAACCAAAUAGAAAUGAAGGAACUGGAGUUUGCCAACCUGACGGCGGUCCUCCACUGCAUCCACUCCUUCAUCGCUGCCAAGGUGGCGUCCCUGGAGCCCGGCUUCCUGUGCGGCCAGAGCCUCGCCACGCACAUCAGCAGCUAGACUUCCUGUUCCUGUAGCUCACCAGACACGUUCCUGUUCCUGGAUGUUUUUCUAUAAAUGCUCACAGUUUUUAUCCAGGUCGGAACAUGAUGGUGAAUAUUUUCAGUUUGGGUCGGAGAACACUUCCUGUUACAGCAGCGAGGGAUAAAGAUUCAGAAACAAAACUAAUUAUUGGGUCAUAUCAUGAAAUAUCUUAAUAAAAUCAUAACUAGGGAGCAAAUAAUAGAACAUUAAUAUUGAUUUGAUGCUGAUUCAUCAGUAAAAUUCAGACUUUUUAAAUAGAAACUGGUCUAAUGUUGGUGAUUAUUAUGUCAUAAACUAAUCAUUCUGAUUUAUUAUUUAAUAAUACAUGAAUUAUUAACAUCUAGCUGCAGGUUAUUACUGCCCGGUAAUUACAGUGUAAUAAUUGUCAUAAUAAAUGAUUUGAUUAAUAUCAGUAAACUAAAAGCUGUAACAGGAAGUGGCUGAUUUAUUUGUUCUUUAGAUUUUAAAACAAACAUUUUAAUUGUUUUUCCAAACAUUUAGAUUAAUUCAUCAUAAAGACUUUAUCAGCUGAAAGAGUUUAUUUCAUUGGAAGCAACAAAAGGCAGCGCUGACGGGAACGUGCUGACGCUCCGCGUCGGGAUCAAACGGGAACUUUCUGGACCGGAAACAUCAGUUCCAGCUAAGAAGGUCAUAUUUUGGUCAUAUUUUCUGAAAUAUUUCAUGUUGCUGAACUCCUGGGACUGAUUUGGGUCAGACGGAACCAGCUGGAUCCGCCUCAACUAGAACUCUCUGAUGGUUCUGCAUUUCGUCCUUCGUCUGGCUGGGAGACAAAACGGGAAUCCGUCUCCAUUUCUUCCUGUUUGUGUUUUUAGCUGGAAUGUUUCUGUCUGAUCUGAUCGACUCUUUUUCUACGUUGUUCCAUCCAGCAGAUUAUUAAACACUUUUAUAAUAAAUUUCACUCUGUUAAUGUUCAGUUUUCGUUGCUUCAUUAAUAUUCAAGGCUUCACCAAUGAAUCACAUAUUUUCUGCUGUUUCAAUAAAGAAAACCAACUUUA